AUGGCCUCACAUAAUAUUUUCUUGUUUGGCCUCCUCGCUCUUUCUUUCUCCCUUGUGUUGGCAGCAGAUAACAAUCCUCUAUUUGAUAUUUGUGUGGCAGACCCAACAAGUCCAGUGACGGCGAGCGGGGCAGUCUGUAAGGAUUUGAAGCUGGUUCAUGAAAAUGAUUUCUUCUACACCGAACUUCACAAACCUGGAAACAUAUCAAGCCCUCUAGGCUCAAAGGUAACCCUCUUGAAUGCCCAACAUAUUCCAGGGCUCAACUCUCUCGGCAUCUCUUUUGCUCGCAUCGACUUCCGGCCUGGUGGAAUCAACCCUCUUCACCUUCACCCUCGUGGCUCCGAGAUCCUUACCGUCAUCGAAGGCACCCUCGAAGUCGGAUUUGUGACCUCAAGCCCCGAGUAUCGUCUCUUCACAAAGGUUCUCCAGAAGGGUGAUGUGUUUGUCUUCCCAAUUGGCCUGGUCCACUAUCAAAAAAACCCAAAGAAAGUUCCCGCUGUUGCGUAUGCAUCUCUCAAUAGCCAAAACCCUGGCUCUGUUCAACUUGCAAACACUGUGUUCGGAUCUACACCUGAGAUUAACACUGACAUUCUCGGGGAGGUGUUCCAGCUCGAUAAGAAAGUUAUCAGUCACGGUCAAAUGAAGUUCUAA